AUGCCGGAGGGCCCAGCCAGCGAGGCCCCCGCGCUGGAGGUGCCCAGCCACCUGGUGCACGUGCAGAGGCUCGGCGCGGGCGCCUACGGGGAGGUGCAUCUUUACGAGGACACGGCGAGCAAGGACAAGGAGAAGGUGGCGGUGAAGUGGAUCCGCGACUUCACCCGGGACCCGCUGACGGGCAAGCGGAUCCUCCGCGAGGUGCGGCUCAUGGCGGCCCUGCGGCACGAGAACUUGCUGAAGCUCACGGACCUGUUGCCCCCUCCGAACCCAGACUUUGACGACGUCUGCAUCGUGAUGCCCUACAUGCACCUCGACUUGCAUAAGGUGAUCUAUUCCAAGAUGAAGUUGUCCGAGUCGCAUUCGCAGGCCUUCGUGUGCCAGAUCCUGCGCGGCCUGAAGUACAUGCACUCGGCGGGCGUGGUGCACAGGGACCUCAAGCCCUCGAAUGUGCUCGUGAACAAGGACUGCACCCUGAGGAUUGCCGACUUCGGCCUGGCCCGGGGGCGCCUCAGCGAGGAAGAGAACCUCACGGAGUACGUCGUGACCCGCUACUACCGCGCGCCGGAGCUGCUCCUGCUGCCCUGGAUAUACUUCGAGCAGGUGGACCUCUGGUCUGUAGGCUGCAUCCACUUCGAAAUCUUGAGUCGCGAGCCCCUGUUCCGUGGCAAGGACCACAUGGACAUGCUGAAGCGGAUCGCCUCGACCCUGGGGUUCUCGGCGGACCGCGACUUAGACUGGGUGCCCGAGAAGGACCGGCUAGACGACAGGUUCAAGAAGGCGAAGGAGAUGCCCGCGGCGCUGCGCCUGCCGGAGGUGCCCGACCGGCCCUUGCGGCAGUUGCUGCCGGGCGCCUCGGAGGCUUGCCUGGACCUGAUCAGUAGGCUGCUGGACAAGGUGCCCUCGAGCCGCAUCACGGCUUCCGAGGCGAUCGCGCACGAGUACCUGGCGCACCUCCACGACCCUGCCGGUGAGACAGUUGCGUCGAAGGUGUUCGACUGGAAUUUCGACUGCUUUGAGCCCACUAAGCGGGCGCUCAAGGACAGGAUGUACGCCGAGUGCGCCAGGCGCCACCCGGACAUCAUCGAGCGGGACGCGGCGUGGCUGACACAGCGCGGGUACUACCCCGGCAAGGGCACUGCGCCCCUGAGCCAGGGACCCGCCGCGGCGCCCCGGCCGGUCGCGCGCGGGCCGAUAGGCGCCUGA